CUGUGGCAGAAGGACAACAGAGAGGAUGGUGGAGGAGGUGCUGUCAGUAGCUGCAUGUUACCCGUCCGUGAGCUCAACCUGGCGUAAAAGAGCAGGUUCAUCACGCUGGACAGCAGGAGAGCGCUGUAACGUGUGCUGCUCCUGGGUGAGGCAAGCAGCUAUCCAUUGCAAUCUGAAUCCGAAUGGUAUUGAUCACCCUGUCCCCACAGAAGGUAUUAGUCUGCAACUUGAAGGUGAAGGAGUUGAAUCGCCCUCUGCGAAGAACACCAGUGCUCCAAAAGGGCCUGAGUCAAAAGAGACACCCAAAAAGCAACAAGUGGAACCAGAAAUAUCUAAGUCCGGGACUGUGAAGCUGACCAAGCCUGUGGCAUUAUGGACCCAGCAGGAUGUCUGCAAAUGGCUGAAGAAACAUUGCCCUAAUCAGUAUCAAAUCUACAGUGAGUCAUUCAAACAGCAUGACAUAACUGGCCGUGCUUUGCUGAGACUUACUGACAAAAAGCUUGAACGAAUGGGCAUUGCCCAGGAAAGCCUGCGACAGCACAUUCUGCAGCAAGUCCUUCAGCUGAAGGUGAGAGAAGAAGUCCGAAACCUCCAGCUGCUUACACAAGCCCCAGCAGAGAGCUCUCCGUAAACAUUUCCAGCCUCUAAAGCUGCUGUCCUGCCACUUGAUAUGAAAGUGAACUUUCCUUUGUGAAACAAACAUAAUAAAUGGCACUGCCAAGAGGUGACCAUGGGGGACUGAAGGCAAACUUGAAGUGAAAGCAGCCCACUCAAGAUGGUGCAUUCUGGGAAGAGCUGGUUUGCUGCGGAGUAAAGAUGUGGUGCAUAAUAUCCAGUGCUAAUUUGUUCAAAAUGGUCAUUGACAGACCUUUAGCUGGAAAAUUUCUUCCAGUUUUCAUCACUGUGCAUAACUUUGAGUUCCCUGUAGGGGACUGUCUAUGCCCUUCACUAGAAGUCCUGUUUUAGCAUGGCAACUACUGGAUUCUUUUAUUAUGUAUGCAGAUGGCAUGAUGUUUUAGGAAAAACUUACAGCAAUUCUCCAAUCUCAGUGGAUAUGUUCACAAUAUUACACCCCUGAUAGGAAUGUAAACGUCUUGUAUAUGUUAGUUUUGCAGUCUAAUGGUAUUCUGUUAAACGAUAUCAGCACUUCAUACGUGCUUUCCACACAGAAAUAGCACAGCCCAUAUAUAUAUAAAGGUCUUUUUAAAAUACUGAGGAUACGUUUCAGUCUUUGUGCUGAGACUGCAUCCAAACUGAAGUCCACUACUAGCAUACCUUCACUGAUUCACAGUAGAUUGUGUAGAUAGAUUUGCACGUGGCAGAAGUGUGACAUUUUAUUGAGACUUACAGAAUGGCUGUCACAGAGGUAGCCAAGAACAGGGUAGGUUGAACGAUCUGUAGGACACUGUGUCUGCUCUCCCUCCCAUCCACCAGAUGUCAAAGGUUCUCGUUUCUAGCUUGCCAAUGAGUUUUCUUACUCAGUGAGGGAGAGGAAAGGGAGAGCACCUUUCUCAGAGAUGUGUUUGACCCUGGGUUUGGUCUACAAUAAAAACAGAACAAACUGGAAGAAUUCAAGUUCUUUAUGCUGGCGACCAUUUACGUUUUGGGAAGGACUGGGGAAUCACAGUCCAAACCAAACUCUCUGAAAAAGGUAAAGUGUAAGACUACACUUCUAAGGAGCAAGACACUCCCUCUGGAGAGGGCAGACUUCUUUGUUAACUUUUUCCACUUUCUAUCCAAAACAGUACUUUGGUAGGAAAUAGGAAUAAGCAAAUGGUUCUAAUAAGCCUUUCAAUAUACUGUAGCAGGCUCAAGACUGUUGCAUUCAAUCUGAGCAUUGUUUUUUGUUCAGUCUCUGAAUGGCUGGCCUCAUCACUGGCUGUAUCACAGCUGGCUGUGGUACUGUUUUUUCCAUGGGGACUUAGUGGAAUUAACGUCUGUCCCUAACAUCAGGACCUUCCUGACAUAUUCUUUAUAAUGAACUGAUGUCAUCGGCGUACGGAGGAGGCUUACCUAUUUGUUCCUUCUUUCUCUAAAAUCAAAGGUAGCUUUUUGUGUAUUUAAAGACCAUCAUUCUCUCCAGCCUGAUAGACAGGUACUGUAGAGUUGCCAUUAGUGUGUAUGCCAAACUGUGGGUGAGAUGCCAUAGGGGUUUGAAGAUGCAGUGACCGAGAGAAGGUGCAACUAUAUCAAGGCCAAGGGACGUUUUUAGAGUAGGUUCCUGUGUUAUAAUAUUUAGCUACUGUACAGUCCAUUGCUAGAGAAUGCAAGGUCAACCACUGAGGGUGCCUGUACAACCAAGAGAUAAAUGUAUUUAGGGUGUAAUUUUUCUCAGAUGGGUGCGGGCUUUGGUUACGGCUCUCCACCCAUCUCAGAUUCAGCAUGCUGAAUGCUUCUUUACUAUUCAAUCCAGAAGGAAAAUAUUUUUAUUGAUGGCCAAGAUUUUCAGAAGCUGCUAGUGGUUUCUAAUGGUUUGGGUCUUUCCAUGGGUUUUCAAUGGAGCUCCCAAAAUUAUAAAGCAGUGAGCUUUAUAUUUCUUUCUGAAAAUCCUGGCGCCUAAUUUUAAAUUAAUUGGUGUACAAGUUCUCCUUAAGGCAUAAGAAUCUUUGCCAAUAGCAGCAUUUGCACUUUUUAGAGCUUUUCGUAGCAUUGCAGGUUGGAAUCUGAUCCUUAUUAAGAGAAGUGGCCGUGAGCCUUGCGGAAUUCCAUUGUAAGCUUCAGUAAAUUUUACAGCUCUUUCUGCUACAGAUUUUAAAAAUGCACUCUGGCAACUGACAUCAAUUUCAUGUUGGUACAGCAAUUAAAAAAGAAACAACUUGGAUAUAAAUUAUUUUUAAAAGGAGAAUGCUAUGCUUCUGCAGUAGGGAUUCUCUUAUUAUAUUACUUCCAAUGAAACAAAUCUGUAAUAAUAUGAAUGAUAAAAGAAGUGUUUAUCUUUAAAAAAAGAAGAGUGUUAUCUUAAAAGGGCGUAUGAGACAAAGUUGAGUUAGGCAAAGAGCCACUAGAAGCAUUUUUUGUAUCAAUGUUAGUUUUGAACAUCUUCCAGUGUAUGGGCAUGAAUUUAGAUGUGUGCACUUCUCCUGUUAAAACAGUUUGUUUUAAAAGCUUCCCAGGAUUUUAGCUACGGUGAUCUAGAAAAGCAGUGUUAUAGGCCCUGAGAAAUGUGAAAACAAAGUCCAGACCCUUUGUGUAGCCAAACUCAGUGAGAACUCUGCUGUAGGUGCCCAUCAGACAAAGCUCGUUGGACGGUGGUGUAGGUCUCCAUCCUACAGACAGCCUGUGCAUGUGGAUAACUCCAAAUGUGAGCAAGAAUAGUUCCCCCGAGCCCCGCAACACUCCUCACGUGUCUAACUGUCUGAAGGAGCCAUAAGGAAAUAACUGUACUUUUUGGCUUGUAUUUAACUAUUCAUCAUGUUUGGAUUUAUUUUUUUUUUAAUCGCUGUUAUUCUCCCAAAGUAGGCCAUGCUUCCUCAGGGAUAUUUAUGAAAUUGUUCUGCA